AUGCAAGGAGUGCCAUACCGAAGUGCCGUCGGAGCCUUGAUGCACCUCAUGGUAGGCACGCUUCCAGACCUCGCAGCUUCAGUGGGAGUGCUCAGCCAGUUUGCUGCUGACCCGUGUCCGACACACUGGCAAGCACUCAAGCGCGUGCUACGGUACCUGCAAGCGACUCCUACACUUGGUAUUCGUUUUAUUGGCGCUGGCAAUGGCAAGUUGCUUGGCUAUUCCGAUGCCGACUGGGCUGGAGAUAUCGAUACUAGACGAAGUACCAGCGGCUACGUAUUUGUGCUUCACAACGGCUGCAUCAGAUGGCGUAGCAAGAAACAGCGCAGUGUGGCACUCUCGUCUACCGAAGCAGAGUACAUGGCACUGUCGGAGGCGACCCAACAAGCGACGUGGCUCAAGACGUUCAUGCGUGAGCUCGGCGAAGAAGCAGGCGAUGACGCUCUCACUAUCUAUGAAGACAAUCAAGGUGCUAUUGCGUUGGCCAAGAACCCAGAGUUUCACAAACGCACCAAGCACAUCGACAAUCGCUACCACUUCGUGCGAGAAAAGGUCAAAAAGAAUCAAGUCGUGCUGCAGUACUGUCCGACGCAAGAUAUGCUCGCUGACAUCACGACCAAGGCAAUCGCAGCGCCACAGUUUACCAUCCUCUGUUCUAAACUCGGCAUCACUGUCGGUGUCGCUACCGAGUCGAGUGGGAGUGUUGUAAAAGAAGCGACUCGGCGUGCAAACGGCAACCACAAGAAUGCACGUGCAGACAAUUAG